CAAAUCGCCCAAGCAAUCCACAUUCCACACUCCACUACUCCAAGUCUCACCGGAGCACCACCAGUGGUUGGAGGUGGCCAUAUAAACCGUGCUCGCUCUCGUCCUGCGGCCGCAUCCCAAUUCCCAAGGCCAACCGCGCGCCGCGCCAUGGGGGAAGAAGGCCCGGAGCAGACGGUGCGGCGGCGCGUGCUCCUCCUGUGCAGCCCGUGCAUGGGCCACCUCAUCCCUUUCACCGAGCUCUCGCGCCGCCUCGUGGCCGACCACGGCCUCGCCACGACGCUGCUCUUCGCCGCGGCCACGUCGCCGCCCUCGGCGCAGUACCUCGCCCUGGCCGCGUCCGCCCCCGACGGCGUCGACCUCGCCGCGCUGCCCGCGCCGCCGGCCGACGCGCUCCCUCCCUCCGCGCCCGUCCGCGUCCGCGCCGAGCACGCCGUGGCCUCCAGCAUCCCGCGCGUCCGGGAGGUGGCGCGGUCGCUGGCCGCCGCGGCGCCCCUCGCCGCGCUCGUGGUGGACAUGAUCGGCACCCCCGCGCGCCAGGUCGCGGCGGAGCUCGGCGUCCCUUCCUACGUGUUCUUCACCUCGCCGUGGAUGACGCUGUCCCUUUUCCUGCACCUCCCGGAGCUUGACGCCUCGCGCGCCGGGGAGCACCUGCUCGACGCCACGGAGCCGCCGAUCUGCCUGCCCGGGUAUGCUCCGAUCCGCGCGCAUGAGCUGCCAAGGUCCAUGCUCGCCGAUCGGAGCAGCGAGUCGUACACUGGAUUGCUGGCCAUGGCCAAGGAGUUCAGAGGAGUCGACGGCAUCCUUGUGAACACGUUCCGUGAUCUCGAGCCCGCGGUGGGCGACAGUCUGGAAGGUCUGGAGGUGCCGGUUCACCCGGUCGGGCCGUUGGUCUGGGCCCGACCGGCCCGCGUGGAUCGCGACCACGAGUGUCUAAGGUGGUUGGACCAGCAGCCGCAUCGAUCAGUGGUCUACGUGUCAUUUGGCAGCGGUGGCACGCUGACGUGGCAGCAAACAGCUGAGCUAGCGCUCGGGCUGGAGCUCAGUCAGCAUAGAUUCGUCUGGGUUGUGAAGAAGCCGCAUCAGGACACAGCAAGUGGAUCGUUCUUUGGAACUUCUCAAGGAGAGGAGACCACCAUGGAUUACCUUCCCAAGGGUUUCAUCGAGAGGACAAGAGGGAUCGGGCUGGUGAUCCAAGCAUGGGCGCCACAGCCACUGAUACUUGCCCACGCAUCAGUCCGAUGCUUCGUCACGCACUGCGGGUGGAACUCGGCGCUAGAGAGCAUUCUGAAUGCUGUCCCUAUGAUUGCAUGGCCGCUCUUCGCAGAACAGCAUCUGAACGCCUCAAUGCUGGAGAUUCAGGUGGGGGUGGCGACUCGGAUUAGGACAGGGCCGGAUCGGCUUAUAAGGAAAGAGGAGAUUGCGAGAGCAAUUCAUCGUGUUAUGGAAGGGCAGGAAGCUGAAAGGAUGAUGAAGCGAGCAAGUGAACUGAGAGAGAAAUCACUGAAUGCUUUGAGCGAGGUUGGUUGUUCAACACAAGCCCUAGCGCAAAUCACGGAUACCUGGAAAUAACUUGCUGGUGGGAAUAGAUGGAGAGAAGUUUGGGAAUCCUUUCACUGUUGUUGCACUGGAUAGAUGAGACCGCCUCUCGUCAAUUUCAAGUUAGUGCAGAUCAUUUUACGCACAACAUCAAAGAAAUUGACGGUCUGUUGAAAGAUCAAUGAUCGAUCCCUAGCAGCAAUUUCAACAAAUAGAUUUUGUUUGGGAGGGCUCCUUUCGGCUCCGGCAACGUAGUGCCACUGUAGCGCGGAGCCUGUGGAACCACCCAAACCAGGCUCCGCAGCUUCCAUGUAUAGUACCACGUGUCAGAGCCGCUCUAUUGAGUAGUGUCUUUACAGUAUUUUAUAUAGUGGAGCCAGAGCCGUUUAGAGCCCUCCCAAAGGGGGCCUUCAUCUGUCCACUCACGAUCCCGGCAAGCGGACCCACACGAGACCCACGUGAUCCUUUCUUUUUGAACAACUGCUCCCCCUCCUCUUUCCUUUCAA